AUGUCUUUUCAAGUAACUUUUCCAGAGCUCAAAAAUGCGUUAACAACGAUGUAUUCCAAUGGAUCACGCGAUGACAAGACCAGAGCCACGCAUUUUCUUGAACAAUUUCAGAAAUCGCAAGAGGCAUGGAAACUAACUCAUGAAAUCCUUAAUGACAAGUCAUUGGGUGAUUUGCAAUUGAAAUUAUUUGCAGCUCAAACUUUACGAUCUAAAGUUGUUUACGAUUUAUCUACUCAAGUACAAGAGUCAACUUAUGAUGCAUUGAAAAGUUCCAUAUUGAAUUUGUUGAAGCUAUAUAAUGGCAAGAGUGAAAGGUUGAUAAGAAUUCAACUAUCCAUUGCAUUAUCGCAACUAGCGUUGCAGUAUCUCUCGUGGACUUCAGCCAUGAACGAUAUCGUGUCCAGUUUGACCGAGUCUAACCAAAAUACACUUGUAUUAUUGGAAUUCUUAAAGAUUUUACCAGAGGAGCUAUCCGACGUGAAAAAGUCUCAUUUGACUGAUGAGGAAUAUAACAAAAGAUCAAAAGAGUUGGUAACCGAUCAAGUUGAAUCGGUAAUACUCAUAUUGAAAAAUCUCACCGAGAACAAUACAAACAAUAACCAAGAUUUAAAUUCCGCUAUAUUGGACUGUUUGAAUAGCUGGAUAACAGAGUGUCCAAUUGAACAGAUAUUGCAUAUCGAUUCAUUAACUGCAUUGAUUUUCCAAAGCUUGUCUCAAGACUCAACGUUUGAUAAAGCUAUCGAAUGUUUGGCAACAAUAAUUAGAGAAACUAGAGAUAUUGAUAACUACCAUAUUAUUGAUACCUUGUACCAACAAAUUUUGAAAUUGAAUAAAUUCAUGCAUCAAAGUCCUGACAAAUUGGAGGACUUGGAAACAAUAGAAGGAUUGACCAGAUUAUACGUCGAGUGUGGGGAAUCGUGGCAUACCUUGAUUGCCAAGAAUCCCAAGCACUUUAAACCUUUGGUAGAAAUAUUAUUGGAAUGUACCAGUUAUGAAGAAGAUUUGGAUAUCGUCAAGUAUACAUUUCAAUUUUGGUACCUAUUAAAGCAAUUAAUAAUUAUUCCAAAAUUUCAAGAAUCUAGAGAGGAGUUUAGUGAUGUUUAUCUAAGGCUAAUUGCAAUAAUUAUUAAACAUUUGACAUACCCAAUUGCAAAAAAUGAUAAUGAUUUAUUCAACGGUGACAAGGAGCAAGAAGAUAAAUUUAAAGAGUUUAGGUACGAAAUGGGAUAUGUUUUAAAAGAUUGUUGUGCUGUUGUUGGAGCAUCUAGAGCUCUACAAGUUCCAUUUGAGCAGAUAAAAUCCAUUUUGUCAAACUCUCUGGGACACUGGCAAUAUCUUGAAGCGCCCUUAUUUUCAAUGAGAACCAUGGCAAAGGAAGUGCCAGCAAAGGAAAAAACCAUAUUACCCACCAUCAUGUCAUUUUUGGUGCGAUUACCAGAACACCCAAAGGUCAGAUAUGCCGCUACAUUAGUUUUGGGAAGAUAUACUGAAUGGACAGCAAAGAACCCGGAAUUUCUAGAGCAACAAUUGAACUAUAUCACCCACGGUUUUGAAGUUGCCAACAACAACAACGAUAUUAUGAUGGCUACUUCGCACGCCUUGAUGUACUUUUGCCAAGACUGCUCAGAGUUGCUUUUGAACUACUUGGAGCAGUUGUAUAUUUUAUAUAACCAAGUACGAGGUCAAAUCGAUUUGGAUUCGAAUUAUGAGUUAAGUGAUGGAUUAGCUCAUGUUGUUGCAAAAGUACCCGAAGAGAAUCUUUACAAGACUUUGGAAAUGUUUUUACAGCCAACAUUGGAUUUGUUGCAAAACCUUGUAUCUAUGCCUGUUUCGGAAGCUGGCAAUAAAGAAAUGGCGGAUCAGUUGGAGAUUAUUUGUAUAUACAUUGAUGUUUUAAAAACUAGUGAGUUUGACAAACCAACAUACGCGGUAGCUACCUUGUUUAUUGAAAAGAUAUGGCCAUUGACAACUACCAUUUUAACAAAAGAUGCCACUUCCUUAAUUGUUAGCGAAAAGUGUAUGAAAUUAAUCAAGAGUGCCAUUUUAUCAUUUAGUUCAUACUUGAAUUCCAUUUUACCUCAAAUAGCCGAGAUUUUACAUCAAGGAUUUAAACAAACUCAUUUUGGAUGUUAUUUGUGGGUCACUGGAGUUGUUAUUAGAGUGUUUGGAGAUGACGAAUUUUCACCACCCGAAAUCACUUUAGCAGUUUACGAAUUUGCUAUGCAACAAGCUCAAUUAUUUUUUGAACAGUUGUUUUCUCAAAAGAGUCAAGGAGAAGUUGAAAAUUGUUCUGAAGUUAUUGAGGACUUCUUUCGUAUGACGAAUGAUUUAUUGAUGUUUUAUCCAUUUGAGUUUAUCCCUAAUUUUGACUUUUUAACGUCGAUAUUUAAAGCUUGUCAAAUCGUCUUGAGCAUUGUUAACGAAUACAAUCCAAUAAUUUCCUGUAUUCACUUUUUGAUUGAUUUGGUUUCAUGGGGAUUAGAGCAUCCGCCAAUCUCGUUAUUUGAGCAACAGGAUACAGAACCAUUGAAACAAGCUAUCAAGCAGUUUCUUAUUGUGGACAACCAUGGUGGAGAUCUUUUAAAAGUUGUUUUGAAUGGCAUAAUUUUCAAAUUUCAUGCUGAUGUGCAACAGGAUGCUAAUGAUUUGAUUUUGAAAAUACUCGUUGUUGUGACAAGUGUUGAAAUGGCCAUCAAUUGGUUAAGAUCAGCUGUAGUAGAUUUACCCAAUGUCAAUGAGAAGGAGAUGGACCGAUUAAUUGAUACCGUCACUGUUGCAUUGCAAAAUAAGGAUAAUAGAAGAGUCAGAUCAGCUCUAAAAGACUUUAUUAAUUGGUACUCGAGAAAGAAUAUCAGCCCGAGAUCCGAAUUUCAAGGAUAUACUCACUAA